UUAUCCAAGGCAAACAGAGGACUUGCACACACAUACAGCCAGACAGACCUGCUUCAAACUGCAAGCUGACUCCCAGCACAUUCACAGCUCCACUGAACUUGGCACAGGCUGCCGUCUUCUCCGAGAAGGAGAAAAAAAAAGCUGCACACCUCCGUGGGAGAGCUCAGAUAAAGACGUGCCUUCAGUCUUGGAGUGGCGUUGUCACACACUGAUAUACAAAUACGCAUUUAGACACACACACAUACAGAAAUACACACACGCACCAGGCAGGCAGCCAGACACACACACACACUCCCAGGCACACAAACACACGCACACACCAGGGUGCAUACAGAGGCACGCGCACACUCACUCUUACACACACACACAGAGAGAGAAGCAAACAGUCUUGCUCUCUCCCUCUCUCUCUCUCUCUCUCUCUCUCUCUCUCUCUCUCUCUCUCUCUCUCCCUCUCUCUCCCUUGCUCGCUCAGUCGCUCUCUCUGCCUCUCUCCCACCCACCCUCCCAUCCACACACACACACCACUACAGUAUAUCAGCUAGCGACUACCGGAGAGCCAGAGGGGAGUGCAGAAAUGAAUGUGAAGAUCCUGACGCUGGUGAUUGUGCUCUUGGUGUCUCUGCUGUGUUCUGCCAGUGCUGGUCCCAUCAUGGCCUCCACGGAGCAUGGCACAGCACUAGAAGAGGCGGGCGCCGUGAGAAGGCUGGUCCAGCAGAACCCCGGCAGGGGUGGCCAGAGCCACAGACCGGCCGGCUGGAAGAGGAGACGCCCACGACCCCGUCUCUCCCACAAGGGGCCCAUGCCAUUCUAGAGCAAGGCACUGCUUCGAGCGCCCACCCCCAAGUUCUGAUUUCUAUGCUCUUCCUUUGCCUUGGGGGGCCUUGCAACGAUGGGCCUACGCUUGCCCAGCCUGAAGAGUGAUGUCCCAUAGCACCUGCUGGUUCUUCAAGCAACUCUUCUCUGUCCACAAAACAAUCAGGACAAGCCACUCACCCUCAGCUCUAAGAAGAAUUGGGGGCAGAGAAGGGGGGGAGGGUACUGAGCCCAAGCUAUCAGAUUCUAUUUCGCUCUCUCUCUCUCUCACUCCCUUGCUCCCUAUCUCUGUCUCCUCCCCCAAGUGUUUUCUAUAAUUUGCUUUCUAGAGCCCUGUCAUAGCUGGUCUCGUCGGUGUUGCACACUUUGCAUGAUGUGUGGUUGACAGGGAGCCUGGUUCCAAGCCGUCUUAGUCUUAAAGAGUCAGUCACUUCUCCAUGGUGUGGUAUUCCCGUCCUCUCAGAUCCAAGGUGACCACAGCCAUUCGUUCCAUUGCCGUGUAACUACUUCUGGCUUUACUAGUAAAACGGGUGGUGAUAGUGAGGAAAGGCAGUGGCAGAGUUCCACAAGUUGACUGCAUUUAUUCUACAACAUGUUUCGCAGAUCCAUUAAAUCCAGGUUAGCAAAUUCACUCAAGACAUUCUCACCUGUCUGCAGCAAAACUCGAUCCGAGGUUUUCCUUUCAGAAAGUAGAGAAAGGGUAAAGGAUAAUGAUUCCUUUUUUAUUUCAUGAUAAUUUCGGCAAAAGAUGUGAAGUAAACAAAAAUUGGACCCGAGUGAGGAUUCCAUUUUACCAUUUGAAACAGCAUGUGUAGUCAAAACAAUCAUGAUAAUUACUUCACCUGAAAGAUUAUUUAAUCCAAAGCUCUUUACAUGUUACUAACCCCAUUAACACCUCGGGGAGGUUAAGCAAUUUUCCCAACGUUACAGACACGUUGUCCCACCUGAGAUAAGAGUCCUCUGAUCCCAAUUCCCAAUCCUCAGCCUCCUUGCCACUCUGAAGCCCCCAGUAGCUUCUCCACACGACUGUUAACUGGCAGGGGGGGUCUGGUCUGCUCUCUGAACGACAGACUCCCUUGCCUUUUAAUGAAGUGCCAAAUAAUAAACUACUCCACAAUGCUGCCAGGAACGAAGGAACGAAAGGAAGAGAGAAAUGGUAAACACAUUACCUCUUGUUUGAAGUCUCGAUAACACUGACACAUGUGCAUUACGAUACAUUUCUAGACAACAAGAAAAAUCCCAUUUACAGGCAGUGGUAGCAAGGAGUCCAGUUAAAUUAGACCAAAAACACGUUUCAAGCAGACAUGCUGUCAGCUCAGUAAAUAUACCACCAUGUUCAGCCUACCAAUAGUGCUACUCUUCUCUGACUGUUUAGUGUGAGGCUGUUUCGACCCUUUGACCGAGAUCUUUGAUUGAUGGAAUGUGCUACGCCUUUCCAUCAUACUGGAAUAUAUUACUGUUUGGUUCAGAUUUUUUGUUUCUGGUUUCAUUUCUUUUUUCUCAGGGUGCUGUGAUAGAAGCUUGUGCCAGAGCAGUCUCUAUUUUGCACAUUUAUUUAAGAAACACAAACAUUUAUAUAUGAUAAGCAUAUUGACGUAUACUGUAUCUUUACUCUCCCUGCCUAUGUAUAACACCACUAUAGCCAUGUAUCCAGAUUCAGUCCUUGCCUAUGUCAUUAUGGUUCUUUACACCUCUGUUGGGUACAGUUGCCUUUUUAGCUUGCGCUUCCACAGCACAGGUGGUCAUGGCUUUGAUCAUGAUGUUCAUCAAAUCCCAUGGCUCAUUUCUCUCAGAUGGGCCUCCCCAUAGGCUGGCAGGGGACACUCACAGGCUGAGUUUAUUGUCAAAUUGGCUUAGAUUGGAACCACACCCUCCCCCCCCCCUCUACAACCUUAAUCCCCCUGAUGAUUUAUGUAACAUGCUACAAUUGGGACAUUUAGAGCAGAUGCCAUCCAAUCAGCAUCCAGUUUGCUAUUAGAUAUGGAGGGAAGGGGGAAAUCUGUUUUUCGGUUGGUCUCUUAAUCCAAAUCUGGUUUCAACUACAGUAAGAAUGGCUUUCACUACUAGACUGUUACCAAUCACCCCACAAUUAUUUUUACAUGUGGCCAAGAGAGGAAAUUGUAAGGUUGUUUUUUUAAACUGCUUGGUUUCAACCAAGAUUUCCAAUAUGUUAUCUUUCCCCCAUUACUGUUUCUCACCCAGAGAAUAGAAUUGAAAAGCAGUUUCCCGGCACCUCUGCCUCCCAGCAUGAGACGCUCUUAAUAAGAGAGCAUCUCAAAUCACAGUGGAAACUCACCCAGCCAAGCUCACCUUGAUUAAAAAUGUAUUCAAUCUUAAGGGCACUGUGAAAUCAUCAUUUCAGUCACACCAUGAUUAUUUCAUACCCUCUCAGACAGAGCAUUUAUUAAUGCUCCUUCUAAAUAAGACAGCUUUUUCUCAGUGUCUUUACUCACAUGUUAUUAUGAGGGGAGGUAGCUAGUAGGGAGAUAGGAGCUGGGGAUGAGCAUUAACCACAAGAGUUGGGCUGGAUUGGCUCAAAAUAAUAGGUUUAAAAUCACUAUUUUCCGGUCUGAGAAGCUAGUGUUAAGGAAGCAGAGCAAUGUCUGUAUCCGCACUGCUCUUCAUGAAUGUAUCCCCACCAUCUGCACCAGCCGAGCCGCCCCUCCAUAUGCAGACCCAAUGUUUAUGUAUGGAGUACAAUUUGAGUCUUGGUCUCCCCAAAUCACUGCUACUCCACCCUGGUUGGUUAUCAGUUGGAUCCAAACUUCCAAAGCCAAAUAUCAAUCACCUGGCUUUGCUCCAAGACUACUUUGUACGGGCAAGCCAGGCUGCACUUUUGCAAUUCCAUUAUGCUGCUGGUAAAAGAAAAACUGAAAACCCUUGGUAUAAAAUGGCUCUCCAGUGUUUUGUGACAAUUUUUGGUCGUCUGAUUCUUGUCUAGCUGGUUGUCCAAAGCGUACUUUUUUUUUAAAUAACAGUGUGGAAUACAGCUGUAUGUUUUGUGGCCGUAAAUAAUAAUAGAGCAUUUUGUCUGCAGUGCAAUAUGUCGUAGACAGGUGAGAGCUUCACGCAUUCUUCUCCCAUAAAACAUGCCCCACGGGCCUCCAUUUUAGGUUCAUGGAGCUUGUGGUGUAGAAGGACAUCCAGGCUCAAACUGAAAUGGGAAACCAAUACAUUUUCCUUAAUGGUCUUUUCCAGCAAAGCUCACGCAAGAGAAACGAUUCCCAUCCACUCAUCUUGUUUCCUCUCAAUCCUCUUAUUUGUGACAUCACAAGGCCUGAGUAAUGUUCCUAUGCACAUGUUAGCAUGUUUUCACUGGUUUGUUUGUUUGUUCCGAGAAGAACGUACCAUGUUUGUGCUCAGCUCAUUUUCCACUUUUAGAAAUGUUCACUUGGCUGGGAGUGUGUAUGGAGUAGGAAGCAGUGGAGGGACGCAUGUGUAUGACUGGUGGAGAAAGGAGUCUAGCAGCUAGCAAGCUAGUGAUGAAAACUGCAGCUUAGCCAUGGGUCACUGUCUCGCUCUAGCUGUAGGCAGUCCCCACAAAGAGUCAAUCAAAACCACUAGGUUUUUAAUCUUUGAUGUCGCUGUCACUUUCUCUCAGCUCUUGACAAGCUACAGUAAAACCCCUUUUCCAAACGUAACACGGUCCACCAAGAAAAACGACUUAGCUAGCAUGCAAUACAUUCCAUGGUUUUACCUUAUGCAUCUAAACACGUCAUACAUCACACGCACAGAGUGGGGGUAUCUGCAGGAUCAAGUGGCUAAGAUUCAAUCCCGAUGCAGUCGUACAAUUCCACAGGCGGGACAAUCCAAAGGAUAACUAGAUUUGAUCUCCCGCGGGAGAUGAAAAUUAUCUGUCAUUAUCUCGCUGCCUCAAAUGAGACCUUCAUACCCCAGGAUAGAGAAGGCCCCUCCUCCCAUUGAUUACAACAAUGUUCUCCAUCUACAUGGCAAACUGGGUCCACCAUCAAUACCAUUCAGAGUAGUUGAGGGAGCUCCAGAGUGUUUAGGCUGAAAUGCCAUUGCAACAGUGUUACUUACUAGGUCACAAGCAAACUGCAGUUAAAAAGACAAUGUAUUACACCUGAACUUCUUUACUACUGUCGAAGGUAUGUGCUCAUAUUACUCACCAGGCCAACUGUACAGUCCCUGUCUCUGUUUUGAUGUUGAACUGGGCAAAAAUUAAAUAAAUAAAUGAAGAAAACAAGUGUAUCAGAAAUGGUUGAAAUAAUGUGUACAUAUUUGAACUUUUGGUUUCUAAUUUAUAAAAUAUAAGCUUUAGCUCUUGGAGUACUUAUUUUAUUUUUUUCCUUUCACGCGUAGCUUUGUGUUUUUAUUUUCUAUUUCUGUAAAGUGUGUAAAUAUAUCUUUAUGAUAAUAAGUCAUAUUAAAAAAUCUUAUUUUAAGAAUC